CACACACACACGCACGCACGCAGACACAAACACACGGGCUGACCCCAACAAACACAUAAACACGCGCGCACACAUGCACACCCUCAUGCAUACCCACAAACACCGCGUCAUGCGUCCUGAGAGCGACAGCAGGAACUCCGAUGGACACCAUAAAACACACGGCAGCAGCAGCUGCAGCAGCAGUGUAAGCAGCUGACUGCCUUCUGGGGUUUUUUUACGCUUACACAUCACCAGCUGCAGUAGAAAAGUUGCGCUCUGAGUUCGACGACAUGGAUUUUCUAACGAGCAGCAACGCCAGCAAUGCCACCGGCGGUUACCCCGAAGGGAUGGACGUGGUCGCCGACUGGAUCGGGGGUAACAACACCACGGAGUCUAGGUUUCAACCCGAUCUGGUGCUUGCUUACCAGAUAAUCACCUCUCUGCUCCUGGGGGCCCUCAUCCUCUGCUCCAUAUUUGGCAACGCGUGCGUUGUGGCAGCCAUCGCCCUGGAGAGAUCUCUCCAAAAUGUGGCAAACUAUUUGAUUGGAUCUUUGGCCGUUACAGACCUGAUGGUGUCGGUGUUGGUUUUACCUAUGGCAGCCCUCUACCAGGUUCUAAAUAAGUGGACUUUGGGGCAGGAGAUCUGUGACUUGUUCAUCUCCCUGGAUGUGUUGUGCUGCACAUCCUCCAUCCUGCAUCUGUGCGCAAUCGCCUUGGACAGGUAUUGGGCCAUAACAGACCCCAUUGAUUAUGUAAAUAAACGAACACCAAAACGAGCUGCGCUCCUGAUUUCCGCAACUUGGCUGAUCGGAUUCUCCAUCUCCAUCCCACCCAUGUUAGGAUGGAGGAGCGCCGAGGACAGGGCGAACCCAGACGCAUGCAUGAUCAGCCAGGAUCCAGGCUACACCAUCUACUCCACCUUCGGGGCUUUUUACAUCCCCCUCAUCCUCAUGCUAGUCUUGUACGGCAGAAUAUUCAGAGCCGCUCGGUUUCGGAUUCGAAAAACGGUGAAGAAAACCGAGACGGCGAAAGUUUCGGACAAGUGUUUGGCCGUGUCUCCGGCAAUCUUCCACAAGAAAAGCAACGGGGAGACGCGCGGCAAAGGCUGGAGGCGCUGCGACGAGUUCAAAUCCAGCUCCCCGUGCGUAAACGGCGCUGUGAAGCACGGAGAGGAGGGCGAGUCGCUGGAGAUUAUAGAAGUUAUCAGCAACUCCAAGACGCACCUACCUCUGCCUAACACCCCUCAGUCCUCCUCUCAUGGUUAUGAGAACAUGAACGAGAGGAACUCGGGAGCAAAGAGAAAGCUUGCGCUCUCCAGGGAACGCAAAACGGUGAAGACGUUGGGGAUCAUCAUGGGAACAUUCAUUGUGUGCUGGCUGCCGUUUUUCAUUGUGGCGCUAGUUCUGCCUUUCUGCGCGGAGAGCUGCUACAUGCCCGACUGGCUGGGUGCCGUUAUCAACUGGCUUGGCUACUCAAACUCCCUCCUUAACCCCAUAAUAUAUGCCUAUUUUAACAAAGACUUUCAAAGUGCAUUCAAGAAGAUCAUAAAGUGCAAAUUCCACAGACCAUGAGCGCAAAAAUGUGAUUUUUUUUCCCCCCUAUAAAAUUAAGCGCAGAAGCAAGAGAAAUGUUAACAAACUGUGCAAAGCAGCAAAAAAAAAAAAAAAAAAAGAUUAUAAAAGAAAAAAACUCACAGACUUUUUAUUCAGGGACAGAAUAAUAUGUUUUAGGAGGAUUGUGUAUUUAUAAAAAAAAUAGCAGAAAACAAGGCUGAGACAUACCUUUUCAAUGUACAAGCAUAUUUCUUCAGUGUUGUAGCUAUGUAGCCCCCCACAUGCGACGACAACCAUUGUUGUAUUGUCAAGCAGAACAUGUCUUGUGCUGAUUCAAUGCAUUUUGAUCAUGAGGCACAAGGGGCUUCCAUCUUCACGCAACAAGCUUUGUAGCACUGAAUCAAAUAAAAGCAAUUAGUUUGUCAUUAAGAA